GAUUGUGCUAUUGGUGAAAUGAGCACAUGUCAUUGAUUUGAAAUCGAUGAUUAUCAAGAAUGCUUAGAAGUGGUUCAACAUCUGACUGGUGAAGAGAAAGUAUAUAACUGAGGGGGAGCCCGGAAGAGAAACUUCUUGCACCAUAGCAGAGCGACAGUAUCAAAAGAUCAAGCACUCAUAACAUUUCGACACAAAGAUUUGAAAAGGAGAAGGACCAAAACCCACCAAAAUGUCCACAUCGACCAAUGUUUUCAUACUCGGCAUCACGGGAUAUGUCGGCGGUAAUGUUGCGGCUCGAAUGAUUGAAAAGCACCCUGAUUGGGAUGUAGUGGUAAUGUGACACCCAGUCUGCGUUACCGAUAUCGACUAACAUAAGACAGGCGCCGGUAAGAACAUCAGCCCAGAGAGAUGUCAUACUUUCCAAAUGGCCAAAGAUUAGAGCGGUGAUUGGAGAUUUGGAUGACAGAGACCUGCUCAUGUAAGAAUCUUCCAAGGCAGAUGUUAUUCUGCGUACAAAACACUCGUCCGAUUUCUAGAGAAGGAUCUAACAAAAAAAUAGAACUUGCCUCUUCCGAUCACGUUAAAGGAGCCCGGGCUGUGGUUGAAGGCGCAAGUCUUAAAAAGCCAGAGCCAGGAAAUGUUAUCCAUAUCAGUGGUAUAGGAAUGCUUCAUGGAGUUCCAAACGGAUUUGGCAAAACGAUUUCUCAUGGGUGGUAUUUGGAAUGCUGACGUGGGUAGGCCAACCUUCCGACAAGGUUUAUCAUGACAUAGUGGAUUUAGCAGAAGUAACUUCUUUACCGGAAGAAGGCCACAUUCAUCGUGGCGCGGAUAAAGCUGUUCUUGAAGCACAUAAACAGUUCUCUGUGCCCACAGCAAUUAUUUGA